ACAGUUUUGUUACUUUUUUAUUCACAUAGUCAUACAUUUCAGCAUCACUAGCUAAUCUUUUCUAUUCAUCGCUGAGAACAUGUCAGAGGAUCGCAAAAUCCCAUACUGUGUGAUGUGGGUGAAAGUAUGUCACCUUCUUGAAGUGUUGUGUCAUUAACACGCAAAUCAAUUAAAGUGUUAUAUCAUCUUCGAACGGAUGAUAAUCAUUUCGGGACAGAUAACAAUUUUCUCAUUUGAUGAUAAUCAUUUCGGGACAGAUAACAAUUUUCUCCGAGAAAUUUUAUCUCUCACCCACAACUUCGGCGAUCACCAAAGCUGUUCCACCAAAUUCCACCCGCAAAACAAACCAAUCUGUGUACACUGCAUGCCAAUCGCUCAACCGUUGCGCGCUAGCGGUUGAAACAGGUUCUCCGUGCUAAUUUUCACCACCAGAGCUUAUUCAGCUGCAUCGUGUUGGAAAGUAAAGAUCAACGGUACACGGCGCGAGCGCGGUUGGUUUCAUAUUGGAGUUUUAUUGCUUUGCAGUCCGGAGAGUGCCAGUGACUCGAUAUUGUAGCGCAUCAGAAUUCCCGAGAUUUGUGAGUGUGUAUUGACUGAAAUAUGAACGUUUAGUGAGACCCACCUAGUGAUACAACAUGUCCGGACAAAAGUUUUUCCAUGGCCUCACGGAUGCGAUGAUCAAUCGUCAUCGGCCAGCGGAUGGACCCGACAGGCAGAAGUCCAGCUUCUUCUGGCCGGAUGAGUACAUGCAGGAUGCGUCGGAGACGUAUCGAACCAGCAGCGGUAGCCAUUCGUCAGCGUCAUCCACACCGACCAAACAGUGCGCUAGCCCUGCCGGUGAACGUGAAACUCCGGAAAUUUUGAUGCAAAGACACCGCUCGAACGCUCGUUCCCAUAUCACAUUCGAUGACGGUUGUGAUUCGUCGUUCUCCCAGUUGGAACGAGAACGGCAACGGGAGAAGUUAAGAAUAGCACAGUUUCUGCGCGAGCAGAGCGACGAUGUCAGCGAGGCAGCCAAACAGAGCCGACAAACUUCGUUAAAAUCCAAUUUUCAUUUUUAUGACUUUGUGGACACAGCAAACGAAAAGUCAACUCCGAAAGCGGCAUCACCAACCACCACAACAAAUGGAUGCUUCAGAGCGGCCACGCCUGAGCAGGAAGAGCUGGCGCGGUACAGUCCGAUGUCUAAUGGAACCGCCUACCGGAAGCAACAUUCCUCCCCAGCUGCGUCGGAAUACCACUACUCGGCGCGCUACACCGGUAGCUACGACGAUUUCGAGGACGAUCGAAGCUUCAAGUCGAACGAUUUCAACUACAACGGUUUCAGCCCACCAGGAACCCCGCUAGGGGGUGAAAUUCCGGAACACAAGCGGAUGUCCCAGCGCCAUCUGCGCUCGAGCAUCAACUUUAGCAACGGCGUGUUGAUAGCGGAGGACAGCAGUGCUCCCCGGAAACCCGCCUCGGUACGCGAAUCGGCCACGGAUCGCGUGGGCGUAGGAUUGCCUAAUCUGUGAAUGAAACAACACUGACAACUUCGCGGCGCGUGACGAAGCGAGAGUAAUUGUGUUGCACAAGCAAAUGCUGCUGCCUGCGUAAACCAUAGGCAUUCUUGGAGGGUCGACUCGAGGUGUGCUGUUGAAGGGGUAGUGUCGUUCGGUAAAACUAGAUUUACGUUUAAAUAAAUAAAGAAAAAAAAACAAGCGAAAACAAAGAUCCGAGAGUGGGUGUGAACUGUUGAUUUCGAAAAUUGGUGGUUAUCGGUUUCCAAAAAUGGAGCAAUCAAUGCGCAUGAAAGCAGUGGUCACGGCUCGCGCUUGGGUUGCGGCCGCAGAAGUGCUACACAUAAGGAGAUAAUUCGUCUGUGAAGAAUGGUUAGAUAACAUGUGCAAAUGGUUCAACCGGAAUAAUUUAUGUAUAGUUAACAACGUGAUUAGAGAAUAUGUGUACAGAAACCGGGAACCGGGUUGUGUAUUGGUGCAAUUAAGAAAUAAUCGGAAAGUAUUCGAGCAACGAAGAACAUGAUUUUCAGGUUACACAGUUGUUGGAUUGAUUGUUCAGUUUCCACGUGGUGUUCAAAGAACUCCCAAUAUCAUAUACCAAAAGAAAAGCUGAUCAAUCAUGAGGAAAGCAAACAAAGUGAAAGAUUUGUUGCAGCUUGAUGUAAUCAUUUGUACAAGCCGAGCCCACACGGUGUUGUUAAAAGCAAAUGUGUGUCUUGUUUAAAUGAAUAAUUGAGAAGAUACGCUACUUCAAAGCUAUCGACGGAACAGCAUUGUGUUGUGUGUUGCAGUGUUGAAAGUAGCUCGCGCGCCAAUGAAAAGAGAAGCUGCGUGUAUCAAAUAUGCUGCUACUGCUCCAAGCAACGCUUCAUUCAUUAACUACUUUCACAACAAUAUGAUUCAAAUUGCUUUAAUCAAAGAGCACGACUUUUGGUUCACCAUUCAAUGUUACGCGAAUAAACGAAGAACGAGUUGUUGGUAGUGAAGUGAGAUUCAAGCAAGAGAUGAGUCGAUCGUUAUGGGCUUCAUCGAAAUUCCUAAUCCAUGACAUUUAGAUAUAGGCGUAAUAAAUAUUUGUUUUAGGCUAAUAAUACACAGGAAUAAUGUUACAAGCAACGGAAACAAAUAAUAAAGAGAAAAUAAUAAUGUUCUUUCCGAGAAUGUACGGCAUAGCUAACACUAUUGAUACAACAGAAGAUAAAUUUAAUAAAAUAACUGAGAAUCAAACAAACGAAAUAAUUUCUUGUCUAUAUGUU